AUGGACACAGCAACAACUGAUGAUAAUCUUUUGCCAAUAAUUUCGAAGUCAGCAUCAUCAUCCUCGUCGACAUCUUCUUCCGGUUAUGACAAGCAAUUGCGGUUGGCUACAGAAAAGAACCCUGUCAUAUUGAUGGAGUUAGCGCAGGAUGGCGCUAUAAGAUACAUAUCAGACACCUGGGAAACCUUGAUAGGUCCAAGACACAGGACACAUAUUGCUGAUUUGAUCGUGGGGUCUGAAGACGAUAAGCAGGUGUUUCAUAGAGCUAUUGAGAUGAUGCUAAUGAACGAUGAUCUUAGCUAUACAGUGACGUUCAAUGUUUUACGUACAAAAGACGAGUCUAUAUCAAGUGCAGAAGUGAGUGGAGUGCAUAGCAAUUGUUCUAAUGAAAUUAUAUCUGCGACUGAAGGUGACAGUGAUGAUUCUAGGAUUAUCACUUUGGAAGCUUGUGGGAUAUUGAUUCGUGAUAACGAAACACAUUUGGCACUGCACUCGAUGUGGAUUGUGAAGCCAUACAGUCUUCGAGAGUUUGAAGAGGAAGUAAAUUCCAUCCUACCACCUGAUUUUAUCAAGCGAUUAGGUUUCGGUGCGACUCUUUUUGCUGAGUACUUGAAAGAGAUUGAAAACGAACAAAUAGUGGACCAAGAUGAUCUGCCCAAUCCAAAAAUGGUACUAUGUAGGGUUUGCGAGACAAUUGUCCCCGCAUGGUGGUUAGAAACGCAUUCCGAACAUUGCGUUUGCGAACAUAGGUUGGAUUCCCUGAUACAUUUAUUGCACGAUAACCUAGUAGAGGCGUUGAUGCUUUUGAAAAAUGAUGCAAUUCAAGAAUACAAGCAACUGCCAAUAAAUGUACGAUCAGCUUCUACACAAAUGGUUCUACAAUCUUUGAAAGAAUUAUGUGACAUCGCAAUAAAUGUAAAUAUAAGCGAAAUUCGCUUGCCGGGCAGUACACAAGCAGCAACAGAAGAUAUACUGAUGAAUCCGAUUACUUUGACACAAGGUUACCAACGAGCAAUCUAUGACUUUUCUCCAAAUACUAAAUGGAAUAUUGAAAAUGUUCAGAACUGGCAAGUUAAUAUGAAAGAGGAACUGGAAUCAAAUGUGGGGUUGUCUCUACUAGCUCAUGAUACCAUAGACUUGGCCAAAAAAAAAAUAGAUGCGGUCUUAAGACUGGAUAAUGCGAUGACUUACUCUCUCAAAAUAAAAAACGAAGUCAAUAACUGGGUAUUGCAGUUAAUUCUAAUUCAAAUUGAAAAGAACAGAAAUAAUCUUCGGGAUAAUGCUAACGCUCCGGAUAAUAUCUGUUCAUUGAAAGGAAUUGUCUUAUCAGAUCAGGCUAACGAACCACCUGCACAGGAGAAUGAAACUUUUAACUCUAAUGAGCUACAUUCAUUGGAGGUACACGCUUCUCUUUCAAAGGCUGACGUAGAGAGAGAAGGUCCUAAUGAUUAUGUAAGAUUCCAACAGCCGCAGUUACAUCAUGUCCAAGAGGAAAUAUUCGCUAACUCCUAUAUGCAGAAUGAUAGCAUGCCCGAAAAGAGAAAAGAAGGGCCAGACAUUGAAGUACAACGAAGUGGAAGGGUUUCCAGCGAUCAGAAUUCGAGUUAUAGUAGCUUCAGCAGCACAAGAUUUGAAUCGAAAUCGUUAUCGAGGUCGCUCACACCGAGACAACGGUUAGACGACCAACAAUCUAUAUUGCAAGCAAUUGGGAACGAAUCGUCCAAUAAAAAAGAUUUAUCGACAAUUGAUGUCACUGCAAUUGUGGAUAGGACGGCUACCAGUCCUUCCUUGCCCAGUAUCAUCUCCACAAAACCAAAUAGCUUCACAAAUUCAUCAUUGCUACCGAAGUAUAAAUCAACAGUUUCACUGACUCAGGGAAGAUCUUCCCCACUUCCUUCAAUGGAUGCAGUUCAUCUGUCACGAGAGGACAGCAGUUCCAGACGCAGUGACGAUAAAUCCCCAGUUCUAUUAAAUAGCGGACUUCCAAAGAAUUAUCUUACUCCAGAACAAUAUCCAAGCUCAAGUAGUCUGCCGAAGCAACCAUUAUCCCCGUUGCUGUUGGCUACCAACCAGAGUAAAAGUACAGUUUCAAGCAUUAAGGAUUAUGAUAUUUUGAAACCAAUUAGCAAAGGUGCAUAUGGAAGUGUUUAUCUUGCUCGGAAAAAGCUUACCGGUGAUUAUUUUGCCAUCAAAAUACUAAAAAAAUCUGAUAUGAUUGCAAAGAAUCAAAUCACCAACGUCAAAUCGGAGAGAGCUAUUAUGAUGGUGCAGAGUGAUAAGCCAUACGUCGCUCGUCUUUACGCAUCAUUUCAGAACAAAGACAAUUUGUUUCUUGUAAUGGAAUAUCUUCCCGGAGGCGACUUAUCCAUGCUUAUAAAGAUGAUGGGCUUUCUUCCCGAAAAAUGGGCCAAGCAAUACAUAAGCGAAGUUAUUGUUGGUGUCGACGAUAUGCACCAGAAUUCUAUCAUUCACCAUGAUCUUAAACCUGAUAACCUUUUGAUAGAUCUCAACGGGCAUGUUAAACUCACAGAUUUUGGACUUUCAAGGGCAGGGUUGGUUCGUCGUCAUCAAAACCUGUCUCGACCUCGAAAAGCUAGUCUUUCGCUAGAUAGUGGAGAUCAUAGUUCUGUGGGCUCUAAUGACGUUAAGCCACAGGUAACCUACGUGGAUCAUAGGACGAGAUCAAAUUCAAGUAGUAGCAGCAUCAUAAGACCGUCAUCUUGUAACAGAAAAGGUUCCAUCAAACAUGCAGAUAUAGAGCAACUGCAAGCAGGUCAGUUAGCACAUUCAGCUCAAUCUUCUCAUUCGAUGGCUCUAGGGGAUAUUACUCUAAAGGAAAAGUACAGAAAUGAUUCUCUGACUAGCUCAAAUUCUAAUACAGAUAUUUCUGCCCUACAAAGAAGUGACUCUCAAGUAUCUUUUUCUUUAUUGAAUAUAUCGAGACCUAGUACGCCAACUCUACCAAUUCUGAAUACCAUGCACGUUCGAAAUACUUCUAACGCAUCUGAUAUCCUGUCCGAUACACCUGUUGACUUGGCUCUCUUCCAUCCCGAAGACUCGAGGCAAGAUAAAUCAUUCUUUGGCACACCGGAUUAUUUGGCUCCUGAAACCAUAGAAGGAACCGGGGAAGACGACAGAUGUGACUGGUGGUCUGUUGGAUGUAUUCUUUUCGAGUUGCUUUAUGGCUAUCCCCCAUUUCAUGCCUCUUCCCCUGAGGAUGUUUUCAAAAAAAUUCUUGCUAGAGAAAUUCAAUGGCCUUCUUACUCGAAUCCUGAAGAGCAGGAAGCAUUCGAGAAUUCCUUAGCCAAAGAUUUGCUCUCGAAGUUACUUGUCAUAGAUCCUUCAGAGAGGUUGGGGUCCAAUGGGGCUCAAGAAAUCAAGGACCAUCCCUAUUUUGCAGAUGUUGAUUGGAAUCGUGUCUACGAUGAAGAAGCAUCGUUCGUUCCUAGUAUUGAGCAUCCGGAAGAUACAGAUUAUUUCGACCUUCGGGGAGCAGUCUUGGAAGAUUUCGAUGAUACUGAGGGUGAGUUGGGUGAUACUACUGUUCCAGGUUUCACACCAUUGCUUAAUGCUGGCGGCUCUGAUCGCCGGCACUCUGCUUCUUUCUCCGCAUCUCACGGUGAAUAUAGUCCUAAUACGCCGCUCAACAAGCUCUGUGUGUCAUCAGUUUUGGAAUCCGUGUCGAAGGAAAAUAGCAACAGAUCUUCGCCAACUCUAAAGCAUUUUCCAUUAGCAAUACCGCCUCAUAUGAGGGAUCGCAGAGUCAGCAAAUUGAACGACUCUCAAACCGAGUUUGGCUCCUUUUAUUUUAGAAACCUCUCAGCCUUGGAUAAGGCAAACAAAGAUGCUAUUAACAGGUUGAAGAGUGAGCAUUUAACAGACUCGCCAGGGGGUCAUCGGCGCUCAUCUUCGGCUUCCCAUGUGAGCUCUUCUUCUGAUAGUUCAGGCGCUAGGACAAGGGCCGGUAGAGUUUCAGCUUCUGGAUCACCUGGUGGUGUAGGUCAUGGCCCUAGUAAAUCUUUUAGUGUCUUCGACUCUCCAUCUUUAAAAGUUUCUUCACCGGAUAUGAGUUUUGGCACUGAUUCUAAUAUUUCAGCAAGGAAGGGAAGUGGAGGAAAUAAUCAUAGUUCAGCUAGCAGUGGCAUCUUACAUUUUAAUGAUGAUUUUUCAACUGCAAGUAAAUUGAGAUCGCCAUUGUCACCCACGUAUGGAAAUUCGCCGCAUAUGACACCAUCCCACACUGCAAGAAGUAGAUUGAUAACAAAUAGUUCGCAGCCAAGAAGGGGCUCUAACGAUGUAUCGAUGGAAGAGCACGAGCGACUGUCAGCAAUAUCGAGGGUCAAUUCACUACGUUUCAGAAGAAGAAGUGGACGGAGAAGUUCUGGGAGCAGUGAGGUUGGUUAUCACAUGGAUGUUCUCGUCUGUGAACCCAUUGCAAUCCAUAGAUACCGUGUUAGCAAGGAUCUAGAAUCCCUGGGUUGUUCAGUUGUAAGCGUAGGUGCUGGCGAUGAACUCAUCAGCAGAGCCACAAGCGGAGUAAAGUUUGAUCUUAUAUUCACAGCACUCAAAAUCCCAAAACUUGGUGCAGUGGAUAUCGUUAGGCUGCUAAAACACACUAACAGUGUCAACUCAGCAACACCAGUCGUUGCGAUAACAAACUAUUACCAGGAAGCCAUCAAUGACGACGUGUUCGACGAGGUUCUUGAAAAGCCAGUCGCUUACGAUCAAUUACGGAAAUCCGUGGCCAAAUACGCCUUACAGAAGGCCCAACAGCAGGAAGAUACGAUCAUUAGUGAUAGUGACUUUGAGUCCAAUAGCUAG